AUGGCGGACGAGGAACUCGAGCUACGCCCCCAGCACGCACCGAACGAUACAGUCUCGGGCAUGGGUCCUCUAUUGAACGCUGUUCAUUUCCACUCUCCUUGGAUACUGGCAGUCAUCUUCCUUCUGGUUUUUGUCGCCAACAGUAUUCUCACUGCAGAACCAGCGGCAUCCGCAGCGACGUACCCAACCGUUACUGGACCGGGAGGAAAGCCAUUGCCACGAUCUGCGGUGAAGUACAAGGAAGAAUUGCAAAAAUGGAGGAAGAUGAAAGAGUUCAGUCGCGGCCGAAGGAAUCUUUUUCUGUAUCUGCACGCCGGAUUGCUUGCUACUUUUCUCCUCAGCGGCACCAAUAUUGUCAUUCACGCCCUAGCAGAAAAGGACCAAGGCUGGUGGUGUGGUGAAGCUACAGCCAUAUACGUUGUCGGCUCUGCGUUCUUCUACAGCAUAGUGCAAAUCUCUAUGGUUGACACUAGCCCCGCACCAAGUAUUGUACACCAAGUUACAUGGAUCGUGGCCCUCGCUGUUGAAGUCGUAUUGCUGGGGGGUACAAUUGCCCAUUCUACGGCCCCUAAUCACCGGGAUGUCAAUUCUCUACAUUUCGGAAGCGAUGUGCGAUACCACGAUCUCAAUGAUUGGGAAAUUGUGGAUAUUGUCAUCGACAUUUUACGGGUCUUGUUUCUGCUGUUCCUGGUUGGCUUUUACGUGCUAUUCUCCAUGGAGCGGCUCCACAAAGAAAAGCAGGAAGCUGCUGGACGAUUUUCCGAGACCUCUCCUCUGCUCGUCAACGGUCAUGCCAACGGGAAUGGUCACGCUCAUACAAACGGAUCCAUUUCUAAUGGACAUGCCCAUUUGUCGGGUUCCGAGGACGGCAAUACGAUUAACGGAACUCAGACAUCUACUGCAGUAGGCACGCCCGCCGCUCGUAGAAGUCUCGACGAGAGUCCAGCUUUCUACAAGCCAACUACGGCGCCAAACCGCACGUGGUGGGAGUACAUUCGCAGUUAUUCCUUGUUCUUCCCUUACCUUUGGCCUGCCAAAGCCCGCCAACUUCAGAUUGUUGUCUUGAUCUGCAUAGGUCUGAUGUUGGCACAGCGAGCAGUCAACUUGGCGGUUCCCUUCCAGAUAGGAAUCGUCACAGAUGAGCUUUCCGACAAGAACAAUCAUGGAAUGCCGUGGCUGGGAAUAUCAUUGUUGAUAGGUUUCAAAUUUCUUCAGGGGAGCUCCGGCAUAUUGGGAGCUGUCAGAUCUGUGCUUUGGAUUCCCAUAUCGCAGUACUCUUAUCAAGCUUUGACUACCGCAUCGUUUGAACAUGUGCAUAGCUUGAGUCUGGAUUUCCAUCUUGGCAAGCGAACUGGAGAAGUGUUGUCUGCUCUGAGUAAGGGGAACGCAAUCAACAAUUUUCUUGAACAAGCCACUUUCCAGGUACUACCAAUGGUCGUUGAUCUUCUCGUUGCUGUAAUCUAUUUCGGCAUAUCCUACGACGCGUACUAUUCGCUCACAGUCGCAAUCAUCACCUUCUCAUAUCUGUACCUGACCAUUCGUAUGGCACGUUGGCGAUCCGAGCAGCGUCGUCAGAUGACCAAUCUGAGCAGGGAAGAAGAGGCUGUUAAGAACGACUCUCUUACGUCUUACGAGACUGUCAAGUACUUUAACGCUGAAGACUACGAAUUCAACCGCUAUCGUAAAGCCGUCACCGCUUUUCAAAAGAUGGAAUACAAAGUCACAAUCUCGCUUAAUAUCCUUAACAUUUCUCAAAAUCUGGUUUUCAUGACUGGCCUAUUGGCAACCUCCUUCAUUGCAUCUUAUCAGGUCACUACAGGUCAGCGCAAGGUUGGUGACUUUGUGAAAUUGUUAACCUACAUGGCACAACUCCAGCAGCCGUUGAAUUUCUUCGGCACGUUUUACAGAAGUGUGCAGAGCGCGAUGAUCAGUGGUGAGAGACUUCUCGAGCUGUUCAAAGAGCAACCGACUGUCAUUGACGAACCUUCUGCUUCACCUAUGCCAGCAUGCGAAGGCCAAAUAUCGUUUCAGAAUGUAAAAUUUAGCUACGAUGAGCGCAAGCCUGCUCUGGAGGAUCUCAGCUUUACAUGCCGACCUGGUACAACUACAGCUUUUGUUGGAGAGUCAGGUGGCGGCAAAUCCACCGUUUUCAGACUUCUCUUCCGUUUCUACAAUGCUAAAAACGGUAGUAUCCAGGUUGACAGCAGAGAUAUCAAAGAUAUCACCAUCGAUUCACUUAGGCAACACAUUGGUGUUGUUCCACAAGACACUAUUCUCUUCAAUGAGACACUCAUGUAUAAUCUCAAGUAUGCGAAUCAAGACGCUACUGAUGAAGAGGUAUUUGCGGCAUGCAGAGCUGCAUCUAUUCAUGACAAGAUCAUGACAUUCCCAGAUCGUUACAACACUAAGGUUGGUGAACGUGGUUUGCGUUUGAGUGGAGGAGAAAAACAAAGAGUUGCAAUUGCAAGAACUAUCAUCAAAAAUCCACGUAUAAUUAUGCUAGACGAAGCAACUGCAGCAUUAGAUUCAGACACAGAGCAGAAUAUCCAAGAAGCGUUACGAGCGUUGUCGCGAGGAAGAACAAUGCUCGUUAUCGCUCACCGACUUUCUACCAUCACUUCAGCAGAUCAAAUUCUCGUCUUACACGCUGGAAGAGUUGUUGAGGCUGGCAGUCAUCAGGAGCUGUUGGCGCUGAAUGGCCGCUACCAUAACAUGUGGCGGAAACAGAUUCGUGCUGAGCAGGCUGCUGAACAAGCUUCUCGUGCAGUUGCGAAAGCUAAAGCUCUACAAGAAGCUGCGCUUGCCCGACCCGAAAGCCCGGAAAAUGGAGGAGGAAGUGGAGACAGCAGCGACGGGAGUGAAACAGAUGGUCCCAGUUCAACACGACCUGGUCAGAACACUGUUUCCAGGGCCGUAUCUCGGACUGUAAACACUCGUACUUCUGGUGCCUCUAUUGCCGGAUCGAAUCACGAAACCUUGGUAAAUGAACCGGAGGACGAGAAUGAACAUAGCGGCAAUAUAGGUCAACAUGUCCCAGUUGAAGCUCAGCCGUUUAAUACGCCACACACCCCUAUUGACCGUCGAUAA